CUCUGACCAGUGUCUUCCGCAGACCACUGCACUCUGAAGACUGAAGCCUAAUUCACUGACUUCUUUGAUUCCCUUGUCCCUAAGUCAAUUUUCAGACAAAGCUGCUUUGGAAAGAGCCAAGGAAAAGGACAUCUCCCCCUGGCUGGAUGAGCUAGGAGUACAGCUGAGUGACUCUACAGAGAAUUCAUGGAGCCCUGGAAGGUGCUGAACAUUGUGUUUCUGAUGAGUUCCUUGAGCUGUGUGUUGGUGGAGACCGCUGCUUCCUCGACACCACUUUCAUCUGCUAUUGGGAUGCAAGACAAAGCAGGGUCAAAACCACGCUCAAGAGAACACCACAUGUUCUGGCUUAGCAACUUCAGAGAUUACCUGUGGGAUCGCAUCAGGAGCUCUGUGCCUCCAGCUGCUAUUUUUGCUUUUCUUCCUGCCAUAGCUGUCAUGGGGGUCCUCUGCUGCCUCACUAUUCUCGUAGGUGACCCAGGCCAGUGAAGUUCUGGAAGAUUCAGCUGUGCAGAAUAUGCUAUUUGCUUACAAUGAGGAAGUUCC